AUGAACAUCAAUGACUUUGUAGUACUCCCAGGUUCAAAAACAGGAACCUCAGUGAGAUUAAAAGCAAAAAAUGUGAGAGAACUACAGUUGGAGAAAGUACAGUUAGAACUAGAAAACAAGGAGAUGGAGAAGAAAUUACGGCAACUACAAUCAAACAUGAAUAGAGAAAAAGAAGAGAGAAAGAAAUCAAGGGCUUAUCACUGGAGAUACGGACAGGCAGGGCCAAUGACCAUCCAAGCCCGAGUUUUGUCACAAAGCCAUAAAAACACUAAGGUUUCUUCAGGAACAGUGAAACUGAAAAUACUCAAAGAACAGAUUGAAGAGCCGGUGAAACAGUCAAAUGUUGUAGCUUAUGAAGCUUCUGAAAUGAAAAGAAUACCAUGUGGACAAUGUGAAACUAGCAGUGCAUUGCAGACAGAAUCCUGUAUACCUGUUGGAGAAUUAGAAGCUGUUCAUCGUUUCUGCAAAGAAAUAAAUUUGGAUGAAUCAAAAAUUCAUCUUGAGCAGAAGAAAACAAAUACCAGGCAUCAGCUCACAUCAGACAAGUCUUCAUCUCUAACGUCAGUUGGUAGUGCUGAGCCCUCAGAAUCAAUCUGGACUGGCCUUGAAAGGCAGGAGAGUGGGUUGUUAUUACGUGGUAUGUUUAAUGAGGAAGAAUCUACACAGUCUUUUCAGGAAGCCUUGACUCAGUGGAGAAAUAGAUAUUGUGAUCACAGAGCUGCACUGAAUUCCAGUGAGGUCCUAUCAGAAUCUGUGGGCAUUUGUGAGGUACAGACCCACCUUACUGUCAGGAAAGAACCUAUCCAAAUUGAAUUCAAGGAGGACAGCCUAAGCUACAUGGAAAAGCUCUUGCUUAAGAAGUACAGAAGAACUCCUGUUAAUCAAUUUUCUAGUAAUCAAGUUAAUGAUUUAAGACCUGUACAAACACUGAAUGAACAUCAUGCUGCUGUGAUCGGAGGAGAAGGAGAUGAAAAAGGAGAUGAUGAUGAUGAUGACUACUUAACAGUUGAAGAUAUGAAGAGAUAUUGGGCAACUGUUUUUAGAGAGGAAGUACUCAACACUGUUUCUGAGAGUACAGAGUCCUCUCUGAAGAUUGAGAUCCUUGAUGAUUCUUAUGGCAAGGACUUGGACGAAUCAUCUAACUUUUUGGUGAUGGAAGCUGGGGCUAUGGGAAUGAAUAAGCAAAGAAAAACUGAACCACUCAAGCAGUCUGGAAGAAAUCCUGUUUCUUCUGAAGAAAUUUCUCCAGAAAAAACGGUUUUCUGCAGUCAUCUCAAAAGAAAUGCAGUGAAAAAGGAGAGUAUUAAAUUAAAGACUACGGGAAGAAUGCUUCGCUCUUGUAAACCACGUAUAAACAACAGUAAACAACCAGUAAAUGACAAAUUUGAGACACAAUUACGGGAAGACAAAGAUUCACAGGAAUUACACAGUGCCUGCAAUAGCCAGAGUUUGGUUUUGCCUGUAAUUACAAAGUCCUCAUUGUUACAGGAAGUAGCUCACAGAGAGAAACCUGUUUCUACAUGGUAUUGGGGACUUGAAGGUUUCUUUGUUUUAGGUGUAAACCCUAAACAAGUAAUGCUCAAAGCAUAUUCUUCACUGUGUGCUGGUUCCAAUGCUGCAAAAAGUAGUAUUUCAGUUUCAGGAGGUGGCAAGUGGGUUAUUGACAGAAGCUUAAGUGAAUAUGGUGUUGACUCUGUAGUUCAGGGUGUCUUAGAAAAUCAAUUGAACAGACCUUCUAUUGGUUUGAAAAGACAAAACUUUCCAAAUAGAAUGUCUCCCUUGAUGAUAAUGUACCCAGGGAAUGAUUCUAGAGGACCGUGGCCAACAAACAUGCUGUGCUAUAAAUUGGCUAGAAAUUGUUCAACAAACACUCAGUCAAGACCAAGGAGCUCACCUAUGCAUCCAUUAAGAGUUGUUACUGAGAUAUCAAAAGACAAAUGCCUUGAUGCAACUGAACAGGAUGAGGAUUUUUUGGGAUGUAGUGCUGACCAAGAAGCCCUACUUACUCUGGAAAAAGAAUUACAAAGUUGUACAAAUCCUCAGGAAAAACUUCACAGCUCAACUUCUGAAGACUUCCAUAGUACAGAUUUCCACAAAGAUUUGGAACUAAAAGACCACAGUGGAGUUGAUACUUUAAGGGACUGGGAUGAAAGCCAAAUGGAUGAUGCGGAAGAAAUUCUGAAGGAUAAGCAACAGGUUCUUGCAUUACAGUGAAUGUACAAAGAACUUAAUGCGGUUG